CUUUUCGCAGCGGGAAACAAACCGCAAGCAUCAACGCAACAAGGCGGUUAUUACCAGGUCGUGCAGCCGCGUCCAGAACCACACACUGCCCGUCUAAUUAGUGGUCAACUAGGGUGCCACCAGUAAAGGGGAACAAAGUGACUAAAUCACUUCGUGAUGUUCGGGGCGCAGCCUUAGCCGGGAGUCCUGCGCCAGGCCCGCGCGCUCUGAGAGAAAGAGCCCUCCUGGCGUCUCCGCGUUCACAGCUGAUGUCAGUCAGCUAAUCAGAAGGCCGUCAGAGAUUCUGCUCAGCUGUGGAACUGAGACAAAGCUAACUGCUUCGUUCAGCUCUUCGUUCAGGGCCUGUUGAUCAUAUCCGCCGUCCUUCGUUUAGUUGUGCUUUGUGGUUUUGUUAACGAAGUCCGAGGGGUCGUAUGUUAACAGUGAUUACUCCCUGACCCGUCUUAGACUGCAGGCCCCUGGGCUUCAGCACGAUGACUUCUGAAGGUUCAAGAGAAAGGUUCUCUGAACAUGCUCCAAGGUCGUGUGGUGUUUUUGAAAAUUUUGCAGAUGCAGAUCUGUCAUUAAUGCCAGCAUCUGAGAAUGCAGAGAAGUCCUGCAGUUGGCCAGAGUUUAGGUUGUUUCCAUCUAGAUCUUCAGACUCCUUUGAAACCUUUGAGACCGACAGCUCCACCGGAUACAGUGCCUAUGAGUCUUUUGAUUGUGUGACCCCUAAUAAUGAACAUGAAAACGGUGGAUAUGAUGUGUACUCUGCUGCCUGGACAGAUGACAUGAUGCUAGGUUGGCGUUUGCCUAAUCGAAAGUCUUCUGCAAGGUCCAGGUCGCCACUGUCAGACAGCGGCCGAAGUGAAUAUUCCUCCUUUAAUGAUUUUUCUGCCCCUUCGACAUCCUUUCCCACCACAUACACAAGGCCUGCACCCAUUGGCUCCCGGGGCAGAGCCAUGUCUGUGUACAUUGAGCACAUGCGUGGAGCGAGAGGAGGAGAUACCGCAGCAGAAUGCAGAGCGAAAAGCAGAGGUUUUUGCGGGCUGAGGGGUGCUGGCAGCGUACACAACGCCCAGUCUAACGUGCCAGUACCAGUGUUCCGCGGGACCAAGCGAAAGAUGAUGGCACCAGUGUAUCCAAGCAAGUUUGUCAAGAAGCCGAAGGUUGUCAGAACGACUCCUAACAUGGGAAUUGCUGCAGCACUGAAUUUGACGCAGCACAGUCAUAUUUCUUCUGAUGGAAAGGACCUGAGCACAGAAGGUGAGGACAAGAAGGUUCGAGUCAGAGAGAAGCGAAGACGCAGACGAGAGAAGAACCGCGAGAAAUAUGGGGAAAAGCACAGACUGGCUUUCACAUGUGCGUUUUGUAAGUUUCGAACAUAUGAUGGCCAAGAUAUCGAGAAGCACUUUGGAGGCACGUAUCACCGUGAAACUCUAGACUAUAUUCGACGGCACGCCAAGUUUGAUGACCGGGUCAUUAGUUUUCUCCAUGAUUGUAUGGUGCACAAGUUUCGUAAAACAGUGUCCGCUUUAUGCAGUUUACACACCUCUGACCAGAAAACGAACCAGAAGGUUAUGGAAGGGGUGACUGAGGAUGACUACAUGAGGAAGGUGGAGGUGGUGCACUGUAUGGCCUGCGAUAUGCACAUUCCUGCAUUCUUCACUUCUGUACAGAAGCAUCUCUGUUCUCCUGUACACUUAAAAAGCAGAGUGGUGUACAAAGAGCAGCUGAAAAGGGAGAGCGUUCUUACAGCCAAAGCUAUAAUAAACAACAACAGUGUUAAAGUGCGCUAUGAGAAAUAUAUAAAGGGAGAAGACCCGUUUGUCAAUGAUGCCAAAGAAGAUACAAGUUCAGAUUCCUCUGAACAGGAGAGGCCUGAUGAACAUGAGGACAAGGUGGACAGUAGUGACUGAAAAUGAAGAACUGGAGUUUGAUGUAGACGUGCAGUUCUCUAUCCAUGUGCUAUGAUGUAAUGAACAGUGAUCCCAUGUGCAGGUCUUGAAAGCUGUCCGAUUGUUUUCGAGGAACUCUUCUCUAAGUGAGGAAAUGUUUUCACUCGUCGCUGGUUUGGUUUGUUGCUUUUUGUGUUUGGAGAUGAUGGUGCCUCUCUAGUCAAUGUAAUGUUUUCGUUUACAGUGUGAUGGCAGGCUCACAGUGCAUAGUGAUUAAAUUAUGAGAUACAGAUGGUUUCUGUUGACUAGUAUCUGGUAUUGGAUGACUAUGGCUGUUGUAAGAUUGCAAUUAAAUUAUGUACAAAAAUAUGUUGUCCUACAACUUAAGGCAGUAAUUACUUUGAGACUCCUGCUUUAAGCUGGUACUUAUUUCACACUGUUCCUUGCUCUUCUAAAACUCCUUUCUUAUAUAUUUGUGUGGGUGUGUGGGGAGAUCCUGUCAGUAACUCCUGAAUGUCAUAGAAUGCAGUGCUGAUUAAAAAGAUGCCACCAUCUACACCAUA